UUAGCAUCCAGACAACCAGGACAGAAAAACCUAAUUAGCAUUAGCAUGGAAAACAAAGAUGACGACACUGAAUCUGAGUAAUGGCAGAGAAAAUUGAUACAGCUAGUAUGAAGAGAAAAUGUAGUUUAAAGAAAGAUGGAUGGUUCUCAAGCUCAGCAGAGUGAUGGAUGAAGGUUUUUCAUGAGCCCCAAAACUAUGUCUUCUACUGUCACUCAAAGUUUCACUGCAUUGACCUCUUUUCAUUGCCACUAUGGCAUGGGGAGUAUCUGCAUGCCAGCCGCGUUACCCUCCUCUCCUACUGCAGUCUCCUUUUGUUAAACAUCAAAAACUUUUCUCCUAAGUGCUGCCAAUCAUUCGUCAAAGCCCCAAGAAAACACCUGAGUAGGCGGAGCAUGGCCAGUGGGAGUGGCUGGCAUUACUAUGCCUGAAGGCACGUGGCAAUGGUGUCCAUGGAAACAGAUGGCGGCAUCACUGGGGGUCAUGGUCUGUCCCUCCUACAGGCAGAAGAUAGCGUGGGGGCCGGACUCACACAGCAGGAGGGGGCAUGGCUUGGCUUCCGGGCUACAGUGAGUGCGGUGUUGCUGCUGGAGCUCCUCCUUGGAGUCGGCGGUAACCUGACAGUGCUGGUAUUAUACUGUGGCCACUGCAGUCUGCUGGAAUCUGUCAGUCAUGCAGUCACACUCAGUCUACACACCCUUGACCUGCUGCUCUGUCUUCUCUGCCUGCCGAUUACUGCCACCAUACUCAUACUGGGCGGAGCUUCGGUUCCUCACCACGCCCUUCUUUGCUGCCUUCAUGAAUCGGCAGCCUGCUUCGCCAGCGUGGGCACUGCACUUAACCUGUUGCUCAUCAGCUUAGAUCGAUAUGACAUCAGUGUGAGGCCUGCUAAUCGAUUGCUGACACCAAGAAGGGCAGCCGUUUUGCUGGUUGUAGUGUGGGUGGUUUCUUUGGCCGUGCCACUCUUACCGUUCGUGGAGUCGGGGUUUGUGUCGGAGCAAGGUGAGGGAUUGUUCGUGCACUCCAACAGCACUGUGCUUUGUUCGGAGUGGGGAGGAACUUUGCAGGCUCAUCUGUUACUCCAGGUACCAGUGUUCCUGUGCUCUCUAGCUGUGAUGCUGUUUACAUACUCAAGGAUUCUGCAGGCACUGCGCAUUCGUAUUGGACGCACACCCAGACCCAAGCGAGACAGCAAAAGGCCUGUCCAUCGCCUUUGGUUGCGGCGUAAAAGGUCAACAAGGUCACCCGAUCACGUGACGAGAAACACACCCACGUCCCCCCCGCCACUCUCUACCGGGCCACUUAUCACCUCAGAUGCAGUUACCACGGUAACCAUCAACACUGAGACGAAUACUCCCUCCCUUGCAACCCCCCUUAGUCCAACCCCUACCAUAUCGGUCAUAACCUCACCUUUAGGUCCCACACCCACUGCUUCCAUAGUAACCACACCUUUGAGUCCCACAGCCUCUGUGUCUGUUCUAACUAGUCCCCUUAUCCCCUCUCCUGCCACACCAUCAGUUACCACACCUUUGAGCCCCAUGCCCACUGUGUCAACAGUAACCGCACAGGUGAGUCCCGCGCCAGCCCAUGGUCCACCUAGUUUGGGUGUGGGCGCCUCUGUAUCAGCCAUCUUGGCUCUGCGUCGAGCAGUUCGCCGCCACAGAGACCGGCGGGAACGUCAAAGGCGAGUCUUUCGUAUGUCUGUCAUAAUCAUCCUCUCUUUUCUUCUGUGCUGGGCGCCCCUCUCAAUUAUGCCCCUCCUUAUGCUAGCUAUCGGGCCCUCUGAUUGGCUGGAACGUCUAAGACUCUGCUUCCUGGUGCUUGCUUAUUGGACGGUCGUGCUACAUCCACUGCUGUACGCGUUCACACGGCAAAAACUGCGGAAAGUUCUGCACACACGCUUGCGCAAACUUCGUCCACAGAACGCGCAGACUCGCAUUCGAACCAAUACCAGGAUUCGUCGCAAACACAGGGCAGAUUGCAGCGAUGCUACGGACCGUUGCCUGACGGAGGCUGUUAGAGAAUGAUGGUGUGUAUGUCAGAGACUUAUGACUGGGUAAAAGUGAGGAAAAGUGCACACAGGAAUUGGGUGAAACAUGUACCCCUAAACCUUUUCAGUUCGCCUUUCUUGCUUUUUUUUACAUAUUUAUUUAUUUAAAGUAAUUCUCCUGUUUCAGAGGGUUUUUUUUGUUUGAUUGUGAUGCAAAAAAAUGGAUAAUGGGUCCUUAAAAAAGGGUUCCUAUGAAAUGGCUGUAUAAUUUCAUCCAAAUCUUUAACAUCCACAUAACCGUUUUGUUCAACAAAAGGUUCUUUGAACUGGAAAAAAGUUCAUAUGAAAUGUAAGAAAGAACUUUUUCUUUUAUCAACCAGAAAGUUAUUUGGGAAGAAAUCUUUUUACAAACAACCCUUUCUAGCACCUUUACUUUUUGAGAGUGUACCUUUCAGGCAGACAGGUAGGAUAACUGGAUCAACAUUAUAUCAUUGAAUUAAUAUUCAUGAGUCAAGCUGAUUGAACACCACUUCUACGGCCCUGACAGGAAACCAUUAAUGUGUUAGAUGUGUUAUAUGAUAUGUGUGACGUGAUCACAUUUAUAGACGAAAUUAAAAGACGUCAGUAGAUCUCCAUUGUCCACUGGUUAUCACUGGCAACUAACCAGCACAGGGUUUCUAAAGCACACUGACAUCAACAGGCCAUGGUCUAAUUAACCUGUAGAGCACAAACAUUCCCAUGGUGCUAGGGAACGAAUGAGUGCACCUACAGGCAUGAAUUUGUAAGAGGUCAUGUGCAAUAAAAUUUCAAAUCCAGGUUAUGCAUCGCAUGUUUCCAUAGAAAUUAAUACCAAUUUAUUGGCAUUCAUUGUGUGGUGAUAAUGUAGCCGUCUGUCCAUCGUUAAACAUACAUAUACACUGAAUUCCAGUGUCUUCUCAUUUGUAGUCUAGAGGGCAAUAGAUUUAUCAUUGUGUUUAUGUAUAUGAUCAGGGAUGUAAAUAGUCACAAAUAUAACUUGUGGUUUCAGCCAAUUUGAAUUCUGCUCAACCAAGGGCAUACGCACUGGUUCGAUCAGUUUAUGAUAACACCACUUUUACAAUGUCUAAAUUAAUAUAUUUUAUUUGUGUCCUGUAAAUGUAUAUCUUCUCAGUGAUGUAUAUUUUUUUGUUUUGAGAUGGUCAUUGUAUUACUUUACAAUAGAGGAGCAAUAAGUCUGAAUUACAGUAAUAAAAACAUUCAGCCUC